AUGCCAGAGUGGACGUGUACAGGGUGUGCUACUGUAUUGCGCUUUGAAGAGGUUGAUCAGAAGAAGGUCAUCGGCAAGCACUGCAAGGCAUGUGUACAUCGGCAGAAGACUGCUGGUACCUGGCCAGUUCCUGCCAUCGCAGGUACAUUCUGCUGCCCCUUCCGAUACCGCGGUUGUAGAUUUUCAAACCAAAUUGACCGAGUGCGCAAGCACUAUGCCAAGUCAGUCGAGUGUCCAGGGCCUGGGACGGGAGACACACCCAUGACCAUCUACGGUCCUGCUGCUUCAUUGUCAUCGCAGGAACUGGGGAAAUUUGUGGAGGCUUCAUAUCCAGCGGAGGGUCUGACUCCAAUUGUCAAGACUGUGGACUACCGUCCUCGGGCGGCCAAUGCACCCAUCGCAACAUCAUUGUCAUCGGCCUUGCCGCCCACUCAACCCAAAUCAGCCUCGCCACCCACUGAACCCAAACCGCCCUUGCCGCCCACCAAACCCAACACACCUGACGUUCUUGUCGCUGAAAGGGUUCUUACCGAUCAUGCUGCCCCACUUGAAGGAGGGGUCUGCAUUGAGAUCUCUUCAGCUCAGGCUGCAGUGCUCCUGGAUGAUACAGUAGUCUCUGAUGAUCAGGGCGACCCCGUCCCUCUGGAUGAUAUGAUAGUGCCCUUGGAUGAUCCUGUCAGCUCCCCUGCCCCAACAGCUGAUCUCGUACCUUUGGAUAGCUCAGCACUCUUAGACAACAGUCAGGGGAAUCAUGGCCCAGUGGGGGAUGCAGUGCCCCUGGUUGAUCCUAUCACUGUAGCUGUCCAGAAGGCGGAUAAUAAACGCAAGGAGACUGCGUCUAGCAGUGAGACGGAUGGAAAGGGUGUGCAAAAGCGCAUCAAACUCAACGCAACACCUACAUACAGAGUACAUUGUCCUAGUGCAUCGCUCAGAGCUCAUUUUAAGGAGAAGAAGGAGAAGAAGGAGAAGGGCAGCCUAAACCAAUGGCAUGUAUACAGUUUCAGCUUUACACCAGCAUGGGGAAACCGCAAUAUUCGUAUAUAUCGGGAAGAAGAUUUAAGGUUUUGGUGGACGGGCAUGGCAAAGAUAGAUCCAAGCCUUGUUGGACCAGGGGGUAGUUACAGACUUAUUUGUGUGCGGCUGGGGUUACAAAUAUUGGACAUUGAGUCCUUUGAUUGA